AUGGUGGAGUGGUUUGAGAGAGCCAGAAGGCUGUGGGUGGAGGCGGGAUCUUCAAGAAAUGAGACAUUGAUGAAGCUGGCAGAGGACUUUUUUGAUGCACUGAUGGCUGUUCAUGAAAGUUGUAAAGAGGGUAAAUUUGAAGUUACCGAAUCUCUGCCCAAUCACAUUUGCAAACUGGCCUCUGAUGCCAAAAUAAAUGUCAUGAUCCAGAAAGAGGCAGCUAGGAAACUUAAUCUAAUUCUAGCAAAGAUUCCUACGGAGCUAAAAAAGAAGAAGAUAUUGUCAUCUCAGGAGGCCACAACUGUGAUGAGUGAUGUGGCCAGUCGAAUCCUUAAAGGUGGAGAUUUCGACUUACAGGUUUCUUUAAUGGAGGUUCUCUGCAGAAUGACUUCUCCAGCUCAAAGGAAUGAACUGGCUGAACGCUGGUUUACCAUGACGUUUGUGUCAUCUGCAUUCAAGAAGAUCAAGGAAUCUGAAUUUGAGACUGACUGCAGAAGGUUUCUUAAUAUGGUGAAUGGCAUGCAAGGAGAUGGGAAAAGUGUGUACUCCUACCCUUGUCUUGAGGCAUUUUUGGACAAACAUGAGCUGCUCAUGCCAGUUGAUGAAAACCUCGAAGCAUUCUGGAUUGACUUUAACCUUGGUAGUCAAAGCAUCUCUUUUUACUUCUCUAUGUCUGACAUGGAUGCUCAGGAUGGCCAGUGGGACACUCUGUGUAUUGCUGAAAAUGAAGUUCGCUGUUACACAGUGGAAGAGAAGAAUGGAAGAAAAGUUCUUGAUCUGGUUUUGACCGAUCCAGUUAGCACUGGCAGCUUGGAGGGCUCCAGAGUCACCAUUAAAUUCAGCUCCUCCCUGGACAUCCUGCAAGCCACUGAGAAAGUUUAUGGUCAGGCAAAAAACAAAAGGCCUUAUAGGAAGACUCCCUCUAUUGUAGAAAUGCCAAUUCAGGUCAACGUAAGCUCACUGGAAUGUUCACAGGUUCUUGUUCUUGAAAGUCAAGUGUCCCCCUCUCAGCGCAAAGAUGAAAGGGAGUCAACCUCAGUUAGGCACGGUUGUCCUGUCCAGUCUCUCACACAUCAAACACCAGAUACAAACAAGAUGGUAACCCCAGUAAAGAUGAAGGUAUCUGAGUCUUGCACAUACGUCUCUGGCAGUGUGGGCCGUAAACAGGGCAGCUGUUCUUCCAGCUGUGUGCUGCCUGCAGUGUCACUGGCAAAGGUAAAACCAGCUCUUCAGAUGAUGAGUUCCUCAGAGAGAAAGAGAGAGUUUCAGCUUAGAGAUCUCAUGAUGUCUAAGACAUCUUCCAGCGCAUCCUCAUUCAGUGUUCACUGUGAGACCAACCAAAAAAAGGGCAGAGCAAUUCAAGCACAGUCUACCCCUGCUGUUCAGAAUGUGGACAAACAGCAAACCAAUGGAGGCAAGACUAAACUGGAAAAAUACGGCAAGCAGAAGAUUACUUUAGACAAAGUUAUAGAGAUUAUUCAAGCUGACCAUGAGGAGGAGAAUUCCGAUAACAACUUAGUCCCAGACACCCAACCUGCUGUGAGGAAGGGAAACUAUUUUUCACCGAGUCUCUGGAGUUUAAACUCCAACAAGGGGAAAACCUCUGCAUGUGGAUCACUGUUAGCUUUACAAAAAGACACUAAUAAGAGCCAGUCUGUAUCAGAUGGUGCUUCUCGUCUCCUUCCUCAGCGUCUGUCUCCACCCCAGCGUGUAUUCAGAACCCUGACCCAGAAGCAGCUGCACACCCAGCUCACUCAGAGACUGGAGGAGGUGCUGAGGGAGCAGCAGGUACCAGAUGGCCACGCGGCCCAGCAAGCCAAGGAGCGGAGAGGCUCAUCACUGUAUCACAUUGCUCUGGAUCAGGGGAAGGAGAAAAUAAAAAUGUCUAUAAGGUCCUCACCUGCCAGACAUGCACAGCAGAGCAUCAUAGAUCCAGGCAAUGCUUCAGAUACAAACAUACAAAAAAUGGCACACACAACAGACAGUAUGGUGAAGAUGAUAUCCAGUCAUUACAGGAGAAGUGCCAAAGCAACAUCCCCUGUGCCUGGUGCACAGUUUAACAUCGCACCUACAAACAGAUAUUCCUUCAAUAGGAGCUGGUGUCCAUCUUCAACUGAGAAAACCACAGCAAGGGGAUCAGACUUGGUGAAAACGCUUGAAAAAUCCAAGAGGCCUGUCCAGAACCUUGAUGAUGUUUAUGCAUUUAAAGAUGACACUCCAAAAAUGAAUGUGAAAAAGAGAGUGAAAUCCUCUGAGACAUCCAGAGUAGACAGCAGUGUGCUGAGUAAUUCUUCAACUUGCCCUAAGUCUGUUUUGAAACCUCAGCCUUCAAAGGCUGCUACUAAAAAUGUGAAGAAAAAUCUGUUUAGCGAUACAGACACAGAUAAUAUGACCGAGAUCAGCUGGCUCAAAUCAGCCAACAGGAAACCCAAACCUAAAGUGGCAGACUAUAGCAGGCAGCCAGUUAAACCCACGCUCCCAUCAGCCAACUCUGCAUUUAAAUCUCCAUAUACACCUUUAUCAUCACCAAAGCCAGCGAAGGAGCAAAUCAACCCAAAGCUGAAAAGGCAGAAGAAAGUAGCUGAACGCAAAGAGAAUAAACUGCAGGCAAAAAUCACUAAUAGCAAACCCACAGGAAGACCUCAGAGAGCUGCAGUCUCGACUAAAACCUACAAAGAGCCAUCUCACUCGGAUAGCCAGUCCAGCCAAUCAGAGAGUGAGAAACCACCACCAAGAACUCAGAGAGCUGCAGCCUCGACUAAAAUCUACAAAAAGCCGUCUUACUCGGACAGCCAGUCCAGCCAAUCAGAGAGUGAGAAACCACCACCACCUAAGAAAAAGGCAGUAGGACGACCAAGGAAGCAUCCUGUCCCAGUUGAAACCAAUGGACAAGGACAGAAGAAGAAGACAAGCUCUGUUGACAAAGCACAAAGGGAGAUAAGCCAAAAUAAAAAGUCUGAUAAAACCACUGCACAGAUUCAGCCAUAUCAGACAAAUGAAACAAGCAAAAAGGAUUGUAGUCCAGAAGAUCUGACAGUGAAGAAGACCCCAUCUGCACAGGGGUCAGCCAGAGGACAUAAAGAAUCCUGGACUGCACAAUUAUCUUCCACAAUUGCCUCGCCUCCCUCCAUUGAAAGGAUGAGAUCAAAUGAAAAACUUUCGACAAAGAUAAGGUCCCAUACUACACCUCUCCGUUCUUUAUCCAUUUCUCCAAUUGAACCUGAACCUCCUAAACUAGAGCCACUCAGCUCCGUCAGAGAAAUCAAGUCCUCUCUGUGUAAGACACCAGGCAUUAAACCUGCUGUGAAACCUCCCUUUCUCUCCACAACAACCACCAAAUACUCUAAACAGAAGUCACCUGCUGCUCAGCAGGAUGUGCUUAGUCCGGUCCAGUCAAUAUUUAGUCCAACUCAGCCCCUCAUCACCCCGACCCUCAUGAAAAAAAUCACUCUGUCCUCCCCGCUCAUAUCAGCAAACCUUCAGGAGGAGCAGAGAGGCGUCAUGAAUAAAACCAGUCCAGCAUCUUACGACAGAAGGUCCAUAAUUUCGGUCACAAUGAGUCAGUCCUCUCACGUAUCUGUGAGCAACAUGGCAUUGAUCUGCACUGACCUGGAGAAAACACCAGCAAGCCGUCGAGGAAGUACGAAGGAUGAGAAACCAGAAUUUAAGUCAGGUCCAACAGUCAUCUAUAAGCCUCCCAGCUCAUGCCAUUCAGUUAAUCUAUCACAGAGAGAAAAGGAUAGUGAAGAAGACAAAGAAAACAAGCCUCCAUCUCCCACCCAGCUAGCUAAGAAAAUGAAGCCAAGAAAGCUGUUCAAGACUAAUGACAAACACGGACAUCAGAACAAAAGUCCCAUUGUGAAACAGCCUGUGAAGAAUCAGAGCAGCUCAGAGGAAGAAGAUGAGGAGAUAACAGAAGAAGCAGAUAACAGCAGAAAGAAAAGUUACCAGAAUAAAAGAGCCAGAGAAACAACUAAAUUCACUGAAGAUAUGGAGACAGUGCCGUCCCGUAUAAAAUCGAAAUGCAGGCAGACUUUUGUGGAGGAAGACGCACAUCACAACCAGCCUGCUCAGGAGGUGGGCUAUAUCUGCCAUCAGUUCACCUCAGAGCUUAAGAGAAAGAUCAAGAUUCGCUCCAGGAAAAUGGAUCGGUACACCAGGCAGUCUAUAAAGACAUUUCAGCAGCAUAUGUUCUCUGUCCGAGUCAAAGUACAGCAGUACAGUGCUCAGAAGCUAGAGAAAGUUAAACAAGUCCUAUUGGGUGAAAUAAAAAGCCUGGAGCAGGAUGACAUCGCUCUGAGGAACAUGGAGGAGGAACUGAUGACGCACUGGAAACAACAGGCCUUGGCUUUCCACACAUACCAAAAGAAAGGAGCCAAUAGACUAGAGCAUUUGAAAAGCACAUUUGAGACGGAUGUGUGUGAUAGUCAACAAAAUGAGGAACAAAUCUUUAUCUCUGAGAUGUCUUUAAUGAAGAACAACUUGAAGUCAGUUCAGGAGCGCUUCUUUAAAGAAAUGCAAGAGGAAGAGUUGUUGAGUGUGAGGCGAGGAUUACAAACCUUGUUCCUCCCAGAUGCUUCUAGAUUCUGACCUGAGAACUGCUUUAUUUGGGGUAAUGUUAAAACAUGUUUGCAUGUUUGAGUAUUAAAAAUGUUAUGUUCUUUUUUAAAAAAAAAAAAUGAAAAGUUGAAUUUUUACUAGAGAGUGUGAAUAAGUGAUUUGUAUUUACUUGUUUUAAUUUGAGUAAAAGUUGUGAAAAGCCACUUUCUAUUUCAUUUCCUAAAAGAAAUGCAUUUAUUUGUUAGGUGAUGAACAGAUUUAUGUGUGUAAAACGUUCUUUAAGUAUUAAUUUAACGUGAUAUAAGCAUGUUGUAUGUAUUCAUAGCAGCCAUGUAACAGGAAUGUUGUGUUGUAUUUUUUCUAGUAGAUUCAGUCAUUUCUGAAAGCAUCUAAGCUCAAAAUUGUUGUUUUUUUAU